GUGAUUUUUUAUUUUCUCUUUUUCUUUUCCUUUAACCUUAAAAAGAAUUUAUAACAUGUCCGAAGAUAACAAGCAAUUAGCUUUAGCCCAAAAGGACCUCGGUAAUCAAGCCUACAAGAAGCGUGAGUUUGAAGCCGCUCUUGGUUUUUACGACAAGGCUUAUGAAUUGGAUAACACCAACAUUACCUUCUUGACCAACAAAGCUGCUGUACUUUUCGAACAAGAGAAGUUCGAGGAUUGUAUCAAGGUCUGUGAGGAUGCCAUCGAGCGCGGUCGUGAAUUAAGAUGUGAUUAUAAGUUGAUUGCAAGAGCUCUUCAACGUAUUGGUAAUGCUUAUCUCAAGUUAGACAACUUGGACGAAGCUAUCAAGUACUAUGGAAAGUCUUUAACCGAGCAUCGCACACCUGAGACUCUUCAAAAGCUUCGUGAUACUGAAAAGCUCAAGAAGGAACAAGAAAAGGCCGCCUAUUACAAUCCUGAACUUGCCGAUAAGGCACGUGAGGCUGGUAACGCUCUUUUCAAGUCUGCUAAGUGGCCCGAGGCUAUUGAACAAUACACUGAAGCCAUCAAGCGUAAUGAUAAGGACGUUAGACCUUAUUCUAACCGUGCCGCGUGUUACUUGAAGUUAAUGGCCAUUAACGAAGCUGAGAAGGAUGCUGACAAGUGUAUUGAACUUGACCCUACUUUCACUCGUGGUUAUAUUCGUAAAGCUGCCGCUCAGCUCGUCAAAAAAGAUUUCCAAGAAUCUAUCGAUACCCUUACUUUGGCCAAGGAGACGGAUAAGGAUGGAAAGUGUGCUCGUGAAAUCCAACAGCAAUUAACCAAAGCCUAUACUGCCAUGAGCCCCAUGGGUGGUGCUAAUGAAAGUCAAGAAGAGACUCUCAAGAGAGCCGCACAAGACCCUGAGAUCCAACGUAUCCUCGGUGACCCUGUUAUGCAACAAAUUCUUCAACAAAUGCAAGAAGAUCCCAAGGCUGCUCAAGAACAUUUGAAGAACCCUCAAAUCGCCGCCAAUGUCCGCAAGUUGAUGCACGCUGGUGUUAUUCGUAUGGCUUAAGAAGUUUGAUACUUAGCUUCAGUCUUUUCUUUUAUCGCAUUUUUGUAGCAUUUCAGUCACUGAAAUGUCUUUUUUUUUUUUCAUAAAAAUAAUACAUAAUAAAUUAACAGUAAUAAAGAUGGACAAAAAUUGUAUUAUU